UUGGACAACGUUGGACGGUGCCACUCUCAGUGCCGCGUAUUUUUGAAAUAAAUUUUUACUAAAGCGACUUCGUUAACCGGUGGUUGUGUUUUGCAUUGGGAGGGGUUUUUUUUCUCCUCCUUCUAAUCGGUAUUCGCAGCGCAGUUGUCACGUCGCACGAUCGUAAAAGAUUGCGACGGCUUGGUGGUUGAGGCCCUUCAAUCUUAAUUUUGGAGCUUUCGUGACUGCAGGAAUUAUUCUUUGGUUCUUUCGGUAAAGUCACGUAUAAAGAUAAAAUAAUAAAUUAGAUAAUAGCAUAAUACGGACGUUUCGUUUGCAGGUUGAGGGGCCUUCUUCAUCCAGCAGUGAGAUUGGCUCCAUGCCCGGCGGUGAUUACGAUUUGUGCUGCGUUGUGUAACGCAGAUAGACGAACGCUGCGUAAACGUGUCUCGUUUACAUUCGCAAGAGUUUUACUUCAUGCAAAGGACAUUUGAUCAAACGUCUUGAAUGCGGCGUGGCUUUCCGGGUUAAAUCUGUGAAGUAAAUGACAUUUGGCUAUUCUGGCCAACUGCACAGUGUGCUGCCUCCACCAUUGCAGAUCAUUGGUCUGCUCGCUCCCCGGCUAGCCAUUGAUUAAAGUGUCACAAUGCAGCGCUGUCAGAAUCAGAAUCGAUACCUAAGGCUAGGAAGCAGACCGGUGUGACCGUCUGCACCAAAAUCAGCAUUGAUUAUUUUGUUAUUAAAUAAACUAGGUGACGUUCAACAGUUGCAUAACUUUAGGGUGGAGACGAUACCUUUGGUUGAGCCACGAUUUGUGGACCAUUACUCCCGAGAAUUGGGGAGGAGGAGGAUUUCCAUCACAAGUCCCCAUGGAACGAGGCACAGAACGGGUCGUGGCCCUGGUGGACAUGGACUGCUUCUAUGUCCAGGUGGAGCAGAAGUUUAACCCGCAGCUCAAGGGCAAGCCGUGCGUGGUGGUGCAAUACAAGGGCUGGCGGGGAGGAGGCAUCAUCGCGGUGAGCUACGAGGCGCGCGCCUACGGGGUGAGCCGCAACAUGCGCGGAGACGAGGCGCGGAAGCUCUGCCCCGAGCUCCUUCUCGCCCGUGUCCCCGAAGCGCACGGCAAGGCCGACCUCACCAGGUACCGGGAGGCGAGCGUGCAGGUGCUCGACGUCAUGGCACGCUUCGCUAUUGUGGAGCGCGCCAGCAUCGACGAGGCCUACAUGGACCUGACGGGCGCCUUGGCGUCGCGCAUCAGUGCCUUGCACGGCCGCCCCCUGGUCCCCGACGACCUCCCCGGGACCCACGUGGAGGGGUGGCCCCGUGACAGGGCGGUAGACGCGGCCGGGGAGGGAGACCCGGCCGGGGUGGGCGGAGUAGAGAUCGACAAAGAAACGCGGCGAGUCCGUGGGUUGGCGGAGUGGCUGUCCUCGCUGGGGGCGGAAGAGGACGGAGAGGGGGGCGCCGCCGCCACUAACGGGGAGCUGCGACUGGCCAUGGGGGCCGUGCUGGUCGCUGAGAUGAGGGCGGCCGUGGAGGCCGAGACUGGGUUCCAGUGCUCGGCCGGUAUCGCCCACAACAAGACGCUGGCCAAGCUGGCGUGCGGCAUGAACAAGCCCAACAAGCAGACGGUGCUGUCACCGUCUUCCAUCCCAAAGCUCUUCGCGACGCUGCCGAUCGGCAAGAUACGUCACUUGGGGGGGAAGCUCGGGAGCUCGGUGGCCGAGACGCUGGGCGUGGAGACGAUGGGGCAGCUCGUGGAAUUCACAGAGGGCACCCUUCAGGCGCGCUUCGGCGAGAAAACCGGCUCGUGGCUGCACGACCUGUGCCGUGGCGUGGAGUUCGAGCCUGUGCGGCCCAGGCAGCUGCCCAAGUCCAUCGGCUGCAGCAAGAACUUCAUGGGCCCGGAGGCUCUGGACACGAAGGAGAAGGUGCAGCACUGGCUGCAGCAGCUGUCACUGGAGCUGGAGGAGAGACUGAAUAAGGACAGAGACAUGAACAAUCGCGUGGCCAAGCUGCUGAUGGCGGGCGUGCGGCUGAGCGGGGACCAGCGCCACUUGGGCCUGUCGCGCUCCUGUCCCCUGGCGCGCUACGACGCACGCCGCAUCACCAGCGACGCCCUCGCGCUCAUCGCCGCCUCCAACACGGCCGGUGCUCAGCAGGCGGCGUGGUCUCCAGCUGUCACCUGCCUGUACCUCUCUGCCACCAAGUUCUCCGAUUCUGCAUCGAGUUCCGGAGGAAUCGCCAGCUUCCUGACGGGUGACGCCUCGGCCACCCAGAGCCUCGCGCCCCCCACGCAGAAACCUCUUCCUCCACCCCCCUCGGCGACACCCGAGGGCCAGCGUAACGAUCGGAGCCCGGCGGCGACGGACAAACCGGGUAUUCUCGCCUUCUUCAAGAGAACGGCCUCUCGAUUAGACGGCCUCAGAGCCGGGAGCGAGACUCCAGUGCAGGCGUUGACCUGUGACCUUCCUUCAAAGUCGAUCGAGGGCAGUUGCCCUGAACCACAGACUCGCUUGCCGGCUCGGAGCCCCCAGAAGGUGAUCUCGUUCUUCCAGCGGAGGGCGCUCGGUGCCACAGUGGCAGAAACCACAACAACAGCGGAGUCGAGUUUCGUGGCUGAAAAUUCUUGUGACGCACCGGUCGAAAAGUCAGUCGGCACCCAGGCCAAGGACAUAACUGCAGGAUCUGCAGACCCCAAUCAAGAAAUUCAUGACAGCAGCAAAGCAGACUUAGAAGCUGUCAAUCAUGUUGAGAGUGAGAAAGAACACGGGGAAACAGCCUCUGCUGCCAACAAGGAAGGCAAUGAUGGAGGAUUUGAGUUUUUGAAUAAAAAUGAAGAUGAGUGCGAUUCUACUGCGCUGGCACGUGACGACAGAGGUUUAGAAAGCAGCAGCAGCAGCAGGAUGGAUCGAUCCACUUCUGAGGACCGAGAGGGAGGUUCAGCAUCCUGCAGCACGUCCGAGGACUACGUGCUGUGCGAGAAGUGCAACGCGCGCGUGCUGGUGUGGGAGAUGCCCGAGCACACCGACUACCACUUCGCACGGGACCUGCAGGACUCCUUCUCUGCCGCGUCACCGAUCGUCCCGCGAGGCCAACACCUGUCGCCGCCACCACCACCACCACCAAGACACUCCCAGCGUGGCAAGGUCACCAGAAAAAAGACGGGCGAAAACCCUGCCGCCAAACGGCAGAGGACCUCGGGAAACGUUGGCACAUUGGAUGCCUUCUUCAAGAAGUCUCCUGGGUAGACGUUACACUUUCUAACUUUGCUGGAUUUAAGCGGUAGGCUUAAAUCUGUUAAAUGUAAGAUUAGGAUUUUUAAACCUUUUUUUACCACAUACCAAGUUCCAAACCUUACUGUUCUGCUUUAAACCAUAUUUUUACUUUAAGGACACCUUUCAAAAUCAAUAUGCAGUGGAGAGGGGUUUAAAAAGGCCACAGCCUAUCGCUUACAUCGGUAGCAUUGUAAAAUGUACGUUUUUGAUCACAAGUUGCACAUCCGCCACUUUAAUGCGUAUACUGCUUUUCUUAAAUGUUGUGAAAAAAUAAAGAGCAUUUUGUACGAUUUUAAAAUGGUGGCACUGCGUGUGUAUUCACACCACAAAUGGACGAGUGGCAAAAUCGUGCUGUGGUUGGUGUGUAAUGAAUGGUUGUGUGUACAGGUGGUUGGUGCAGGAAAUCAUGUGUACUGGAGGGUCUGCAUAUGGGAUCCGUAACCCUGAAAGAGCACUUAAUUAUCCGUUUAACAUCUCCAUCAUAAACUCUGAUCCCAGCACUUACAUUGUAUAUUUUAA